AUGGAUAAUAUAAGAAUUGCAGUAAAUGGUGUUUCUUAUAACGAGGCAGCCGAGAUCUACAAGCCACACGCUGAUCCGUUCACUGGUCCAAUAACACAUCUUGCACCUUGGAAUUUCGCAGUUUUGGCUACCCUGAUGUUUGUUGUAACAUCUCUGUCUCUCUUUGAAAAUUUUACUGUUAUGUUGGCCACUUACAAGUUCAAACAGCUGAGACAGCCCUUAAAUUAUAUCAUAGUUAAUUUAUCUGUCGCUGAUUUUCUUGUGUCACUUACCGGUGGAACAAUAAGUUUUCUAACAAAUGCCAAAGGGUAUUUUUUUCUUGGAAAUUGGGCUUGCGUAUUGGAAGGUUUUGCUGUCACCUAUUUCGGGAUUGUGGCUCUGUGGUCCCUGGCAGUCCUGUCCUUCGAGCGUUUCUUUGUGAUCUGCCGGCCUCUGGGGAAUGUUCGUCUUAGGGGGAAGCAUGCGGCAAUGGGCCUGCUGUUUGUCUGGACCUUCUCCUUCAUCUGGACUAUCCCUCCUGUGUUCGGCUGGUGCAGCUACACCGUCAGCAAGAUCGGCACCACCUGCGAGCCAAACUGGUACUCCAACAACAUUUCAAAUCACACCUACAUCAUCACCUUCUUUGUGACCUGCUUCAUAAUGCCCCUAGGGGUGAUCAUCUACUGCUAUGGGAAGCUCCUACAGAAACUGAGAAAGGUGUCCCAUGGCAGGCUGGGUAACGCCAAGAAACCGGAGCGUCAGGUGACACGCAUGGUGGUGGUGAUGAUCGUGGCUUUCAUGGUGGGCUGGACGCCCUACGCAGCCUUCUCCAUCAUUGUCACAGCCUGUCCCACCAUCUACCUGGACCCCAGACUGGCUGCUGCACCCGCUUUCUUCUCCAAGACGGCUGCAGUCUACAACCCAGUCAUCUACGUCUUCAUGAACAAACAGUUCAGGAAGUGCCUGAUUCAGCUCUUUACCGGCAAGCCUGCGCCAGAGAACAUGAAUGCAACGUCGGAGCGACUGGGAAUGACGGGGGAGAGCUGCACGGGGGGCGAGAUGUCAGCCAUAGCAGCACGCAUCCCGGUCUGCGGCAACACCCAGCCUAAGAAUGAGGAGGCAUCCCCCAGCAAGUGCAGAUCCUUCGUCCAGCUGCCAAUCCCAGAGAACAAAGUCUGCCCCAUGUAG